GAAAUUGUCCACUAUUCUCAUAAUCGUGUCGACGCGUGUUGGGAGAACAAAAUUAUUACAACAUGGACGAGCCGUUUCAGUGUGUGAAAUCAUUUUUGCUUAAUUUCAAAUUGAAUAACUGUUGUUAUUUUGCCUCGGUCAAGAUUGGCUUGUUGCUGACCGCAUAUUUUAAUGUCAUUUACGACAUAUCAUCUAUAAUAGGAAUCAGCGAUGAAAGUUAUUCUCCCAUCAUAAAGCUAGUUGAGGACAGUCUCCUUGAGGACAACGCAACAAAACCAGUUCCUAUUUUGUGCUACUCGACAGAGCUGGCUUUCAAUGUUAUAUUACUAUGUGCAGUGUACAGAAAAGAUCUUUGCUUGAUGACGACAUUCGUUUACUUCGGUAUCACAUCACUCACGACCUCUAUACUCAUAUACUCCGUUGUGAUUGUCGCUACCGGUGCCUUCAUGAAAAUCGCUAUUGUUCUUAGCAUAUUAUUCCAACUAUACGUAAUACUACUGGUUCGAAGUAUGAUCGUCGAAAUUAAACAAGCAAGGAAGAACGAACUGUUGCCAACAGUAGUGAUGAGCUCUCUCCUACGCAAUAAACAUGCUCUAAUAGUACAUGAUGCCGAAACCCAGGUAGACCAGAUAGAGCCAAAUGCCUCGGAUACUCUAGGAUAUAACCCACUGGAUAAUUAUAGCCACUCAAACAUUGUACAAAAACCUAAAAAAGAAAAUAUCGUUGAUGACAUAGAUUUGAAAACUACUACAGAUAGAGCAUCAGAUAUGAACGAAAAAAUCAAGCCGAGUACUCUUGUAGGAAAACCUAUUGGAGAAAAUCAAAAUAUCGCCGAAGCAAAAACAGAAACGAAGGAAGAUAAAACAUUGGUCCUUCAAAAAGAAGCUAAAUUAGAGAUCGUCGUUGAAGAACCAAAAGCAAAGAUCGUCAAGACUGAUUCAGGGAUGAAUGAAGAAAAAAUAUUAAUUAAUGAUAAUGAAUGUAAUGUUGAAACAAUUGUUGAGAAGCCCAAGAAGAAAAGAUGGUUUAUUGGUAAAGCGAAGCCGCUAGGACGAAACGAUAAACCGUCGCCUUUAAAAAAAAAUAACGAGAAACAAUCCAAUCUUGAAACAGUAGAAGAAAUGCCGAAGAUGUAGAAAUCCUGAUUAAACAUUAUGGGAAUACGUGUGAAAAAAAUGUUUAAAUAUAUCGUCAUUUGAAUAAAAAAUAGUCCUUUUUAUUGUCUGUUACGCAACCAACGCAAUAAUUGGACAAACAAUUAUUGACCUUCCCUAAAUUAAACAGCUUCCUAAUUAAUUGUAUGUGAACAUCAUUUUAUGAAAUUUCAGUCCAAUUUUCGCGCAUAACUCGGUUAGAUAAAAUAAUGGAUUUGCUAAUUGAUUAUUUAAAAAGUUUUAAAUUAAAUAGGUGUUGUUGUCUAUUUUCGGUUCGGACCGGCUUGCUGUUGAUCGGCUAUUUUAAUAUUAUUUAUGAUAGUAUGGCAAUAGCAGCUAUUUCCGAAUUCUUGUAUUCACCCAUCGUUCAGGAAGUCUUAGAUGCGAUUACUAAGGAGCAAAUGCCAUUUCAAAACUCUAUUCCAAUAUUCUGCUAUAUCACAGAGUUUGGAUUCAAUGUGGUUUUGCUAUGCGCCGUAUACAGGCGUGAUUUAUAUUUGCUGAAAAUUUAUUUGUACGGCUGCUUCACAAUUCUGGUGACGUCAAUUCUAUUCUACUCUGUGGUGAUCGCCGGCUUCGAUGUGCUGAUGGAAUUCGUUAUUGUCUUCAGUAUAAAUGUAUACGUAAUACUGUUGGUGCGAAGUGAGAUUCUCGAAAUAAAAGAAUCUCAGAAGAACGGAGGGAUAUCUACCCUAGUGAUGAGCUCGGGUAUGCCAGACGCCCAAGAACCACAUGACAUUGAGGCUCAGGUCGACUGCAAGGACAAGCCUUCGUCAGAAGGAAGACGAGAACAAAAAUCUGAUAAUAAAAAAUAAAAAUCGGUAGCCGACGAAUUUUUUUAGUUAAUAAACACAUAGUACAUAAGUAGUAAAAUGGUUUUUUCUUCUUCCUAAAACGAUGCGAUAGUCGGAUUUUCUCUGCGAAGACUCAAUUUAAGUCCUGGCACGAAAUGACGGGAAUAUACCCUUCUCUCUUCUUAUCGUACCAAAAAGCCAUGAUGAUAAUGCCGAAAUCAAAGUGAAAUGCAAACAGUGGUCGUAUCACUACAUCUUCCGACUGGAUUAACCUAUCCUUAAAAAUUUAUAGCCGAACGCAUUGGAUUAAAAAAUAAAAUGUGUAACACAAACUAAUCUGUCAUUAUAACCAUAGGCAUAGUCAAAUACAUAAUGUGAAUCGAAUAAAACAAACGAUCCACA